CAGGCUGGAAAGCUGAAGGAUGGUGCUCGUUCUGUGACCAGAACGAUUCAAAAUAACUUUUUUGAUAGCUCCAAGCAGGAGGCCAUUGAUGUUUUGUUAUUGGGAAAUACCCUAAAUAGUGAUUUAGCAGAUAAAGCACGGGCUCUCUUAACCACCAGCAGUUUACGCGUUUCAGAGCAAUCAUUACAAUCAGCAUCUGUAAAAGUACUGAAGAGUAUGUGUGAAAACUUUUAUAAGUAUGCAAAACCGAAGAAGGUUCGAGUCUGCGUUGGGACGUGGAAUGUCAAUGGGGGGAAGCAGUUCCGAAGUAUUGCCUUUAAAAAUCAGACCCUCACUGACUGGCUUCUAGAUGCACCAAGCAUAGCUGGUAUUCAUGAAUUCCAAGAUCGAAGAAGCAAACCUGUAGACAUAUUUGCCAUUGGAUUUGAAGAAAUGGUGGAGUUAAAUGCAGGAAACAUUGUGAAUGCAAGCACAACCAAUCAGAAGCUCUGGGCUGCAGAACUGCAGAAGACCAUAUCAAGAGAUUACAAGUAUGUGCUGCUGGCUUCCGAGCAGUUAGUGGGCGUCUGCCUCUUUGUGUUCAUCAGGCCCCAGCAUGCUCCCUUUAUCAGAGACGUUGCUGUUGAUACUGUAAAGACUGGCAUGGGAGGAGCCACUGGUAAUAAAGGUGCAGUGGCAAUUCGGAUGCUGUUUCAUACAUCCAGUCUUUGCUUUGUCUGCAGCCAUUUUGCUGCAGGGCAAUCACAAGUUAAAGAAAGAAAUGAAGACUUCAUAGAAAUAGCUCGCAAGCUCAGUUUUCCAAUGGGAAGGAUGCUUUUUUCCCAUGACUACAUUUUUUGGUGUGGUGACUUUAAUUAUCGAAUAGAUAUUCCUAAUGAGGAGGUUAAGGAACUAAUCCGACAACAAAACUGGGAUUCCCUUAUAGCAGGAGACCAGCUUAUCAAUCAGAAAAAUUCUGGACAGAUUUUUAGGGGAUUUUUGGAGGGGAAAAUAAAUUUUGCUCCUACGUACAAAUAUGAUCUGUUUUCUGAUGACUAUGACACCAGUGAAAAGUGUCGCACGCCUGCGUGGACAGAUCGUAUUCUUUGGAGAAGAAGAAAAUGGCCCUUUGACCGAUCAGCUGAAGAUCUGGAUCUUCUGAAUGCUAGCUUUCAUGAUAACAGUAAAGUCCCUUAUACGUGGAAUCCUGGUACUUUGUUGCACUACGGAAGAGCAGAAUUGAAGACAUCUGAUCAUAGGCCUGUGGUGGCGUUGAUUGACAUUGACAUAUUUGAAAUUGAAGCAGAAGAGAGACAGAAAGUUUAUAAAGAGGUGAUUGCAACACAGGGCCCACCUGAUGGUACAGUAAUGGUCUCCAUCAAAAGUUCUUCAGCAGAAGAAAGCUACUUUGAUGACAACCUGAUUGAUGAUCUUCUUCAAAAAUUUGCAAGCUACGGAGAAGUUAUACUUAUAAGAUUCGUGGCAGACAAGAUGUGGGUAACAUUUUUGGAAGGAAGCUCUGCUUUGAAUGUUAUGAAUUUGAAUGGUACUGAGAUACUAGGAAGGAUUAUAAACAUAAGUUUAAAAAAUCCGGACUGGAUCAGAAGUUUGGAGGACGAAAUGAAUCUAGAGAAGAUUAAUGUUGGGCUGCCUUCAUCAACAAGCUCCACCUUGCUUUGUGAAGAUGCUGAGGUUACUGCAGAUUAUGAUAUGGAAGGUGACAUUGAUGACUAUAGUGCUGAAGUAGAAGAAAUCCUUCCUCAGCACCUGCAGCCAACCUUAAGUUCUGGCCUUGGAACCUCCCCAAGCUCCUCACCACGUUCCAGUCCCUGUCAGUCUCCUACACUGUCAGAUGGACCCACACUCCCAGUGAGACCGAGCCGAGCUCCAGCAAAAACUCCUGGACCACCAGUUUCCGUGCACAAUGAAACUCAACUUGGUACCCAGCAGAAAGACACUUCUCAGACCUUGGAGCCCAAGCGCCCUCCACCGCCUCGCCCUGUUGCUCCUCCUGCACGUCCUGCUCCACCACAGAGGCCGCCUCCACCAUCAGGCGGUAGGAGUCCUGCACCUGCUAGAAAGGAGUUUGGAGGUCUUGGAGCUCCUCCCAGUCCUGGGGUAGCUAAGAGAGAAGUAGAAGCACAAAAAAGUCCUGGAACACAAAGAAAAGAUAACUUAGUACGUAGUCAGCCUCCACCUUCAACUGGAUUUUCAAGUGCAGGAACUGUUGGAUAUGCUACUGCUCGACCGACUAUUCCACCUCGAGCUGGAGUUAUUAGUGCACCACAAAGCCAUGUCCGCCCCUCUGGUGGAAGACCAACACCUGAACCUCAAACCAAACCAGCUGAAUCACCAAGGAGCUCCCCAUUGCUUCCUGAACCACUAAAGCCUCAGGCUGCUCCUGCCCAACCCGUGACUCAGCCACCACCUGCGCUAAAGAUGCAAGAGCCUUUGAUACCCGUGGCAUCACAUCCACCUCAGACAAGUGCCCCACCAAGUCUGGAACCACCUCCACAACCACCUCCUCGUAGCCGAUCAUCCCACACUUUGCCUUCUGAAUCUGCUCCUUCACAGCAGCAAAUUAAAACAAAUGGAACCUAUGGCACUAAACUUGAAACACAGUUAAAUAGCGACCCUUUUGAAGAUUUGUCAUUUCAGCUGCUUGUGUCAAAGAUGCAGACAUCUGCUCGAACGUCAGCUGUUCCAACCUUAAACCAAAAGGAAUCGAUGCAGUUGCCUUCCGCAACACAAAGAAAUGAUAUUUUGAAUACUGUAAGUUGCAUGCCAGCAAUGCCUCCUGCUCCAACCUUUAACAUAUCCCAGGAACACACGCGCAGCUCUCCAAAUCCAUUUGUCACUGGACUGAACUGCACAAAUCCAUUCACCGAAGGAACACUUACUGCUGGAAACCCAUUCAGAACAAAAACUCAAGAAUCUGAAAUAACUUCACAUUUACAGGAAGGACACGCUGCUUUCAAUCCUUUCCCUUUUCUAAAUGCCCCCAGUUCUAAUAAGAGCAAGCUUGUAUUUUCUGUUGAUGCACCUGAGAACAGUUUUUGCUUGCGAAGUAGAUCUCUCAUGGUAAAAAAUGUACAGCCAAAAGGAUGGGUAACGUUUGACGAGGAGGAUGAGAAUUUUCACGUAAAGCUAAAGCCAUCUAAAAGUGUUCCAGAUUUUAAGCAGAUCGGUUCCAGGAAGUCAGCUGGAUCUCCAGAUUUGCUGGGCACUGAAAAAAAUACUUUUCUUGGUUCAGACUUUACCUUUGGUAAUGACUGGAAUAAAAGUUCUACUGAUUGUUUCUAUACGAUGCCAGCAAGAAGACCGCCUGCACCUCCUGUCCCAUCGAGAGUAACCAGCAACAGAUUCCCUGCAGAUCCUUUCACUUUGGCACCUAAGGUGUCACCAACGCAAGAUUUUACAGAAAGAUAGAUCUUCAAAAAAUAUAAGAGGUUAUAUUUGUUGCUACAUUUAUCCAGUAGAAUAAUUGGGCAUUUGAGAUUAUUCUGUGUGCAAUAAUUACUUGUCAAAUGCACUGAAACUUUACUCGUAAACAGCCACUAUUAUUUGUGUAUAGAUUUUGAAUAUGUAUAUAUGGUAGAGCACAAAAAAUGAUCUGAAGUUUAUUAAAAUCCCAGUGUAAUAGUAUUUGAAUAGAUGGAAAAGAAAGAAGGAUGAGCACUAAUCUCAGUAAAAUAUACCAAUCUUGGAAAUAGUUCUUGCCUAGGGAGCUCUCUCUGUUCUGUUCCCCUUUGUGGAAUUUCAAAAAAGGGAGCUCCCUGCUGGUAGCCUUCCCACUCCCUUUUUACUGUUUUGUUAAUUGCUAUUUAUAAGUAUUUACCAAAGAGCUGCCAAAGUUUAUUGAGAUUUGAAUGUUGACAAGUAUUGUUUAGAAGUUGUUUAAUUUAUAACAGAAGCUACAGAGAUUUGUAAGGCUUAUAUUUGAAUUUGAGGCACAGCAAGAAUAGUUUAAUUUCAAAACACAAACAAUACUUUGUAUAUUAAUAUAUUCAAUAUUUGACUGUAAUUUUCUGUGUCAGUACAUUUCAGCUGUUAAAUAUUAUUGUGACAUAUAUUCACCAUUAUUAAUUCAGAGUUACUGUUCCAUAUCAUCCAUUUAUUCACUGCUAUUUUAAAACAUUUUUUUUCCACAAAUUGGAAAUAACUGAUAUAAGUUUUCCCUCAACCUCUGGAAAAAAUCCCCUUGAAUUUUGAUAAAUCAAACAAUCUUUUACCAGUUGCAGACAACAUACUGCCAUUAGCUCAUCCCACUCUUCUUUCAUGUGUUGGAAGGGCUUUCUUGUCCUACAGAAGGACCUGGGUGAAGGAACUGGCAGUCAUGUUACAGCAGCAGAGGAGAAAGUCACCUUGCAUAUUCAGGCUGUCCUCCCAGCAUCCUUCCUGUCUACUGUUAUACUUACUGCUGUAUUUUCCAAACCUUGCCUUCAAAGAAGAGAACAUUCUCUGAGCUGAAUGAUAUCAUUCUGUCACUUCUGCAGUUAAACUAAACAAGUGACCCUUCGUCCCCCAGAGACGGUGACUGUCCCGCGUUUGGUGCUGCUUUGAGGCUAGCAAAGCCUAAGUCAUGGUUCUGCAUAUUAUGUUAUAAAAAGGCAACUCUGUGCUCUUAUGUUUUCUAAAGCUUACAUAACAUUAUAUAAAACUAAUAUUUUAUUAUCUUGAGGCAAUUUAAAAUAACUGAUUUCCUUAGCUCUACUUACACACGCUAAAAACCCCCUGCCGUUCUCCCUACAAUUCACGCUAUCUUGCACGCAACUUUUAUAUGCAGUUGUGUACUUCUGUCAAAAGCUGAACGUGGCACAACGUUGUCAUCUCUUGGGGGACUACAAACGCCUGCCUACUACGCUCAUUGGCUUUACUUGCAAACAAGCCAUACUGGUUCUGCAAAACCAGUGACCGAAACUCAGCGUAUUAGCAUUAUGUUUAUAGCAGCAAAAUACACAAUGACAGUACUUUUUAAAAAUUCUCAAAUGCUACUGAAAGAUUAUUUAUAAAAUAGUCCACUUUUUCUUUAUCGCUAUCUGGUUAGCCAUAAGCUGCAGUUGGAUAGAGGAGUGACUAUAGUGAAUUUUAUAUUGUGCUUUUUUUUCUGUUCAGCUCAUUAAACAGUACUUGUACAUUUUAAACAGCAGUGGUACUUUAAUCUUUGUGGUAUGUGGAUUACCUUGUUUUACACUGUUGCUAUAAACAUCUGUGUGAUCAGUGUUUUGGUAUAUUCUUACAUUAGCAAAACAUUUUGGGGGGGAGAUUUUUUCCUAGUGGGAGUUACGUGAUAAAUAUGUUCUUUGUUGAAUAUUUAAUUACAGUGAUUGAAAACUACUGUCUAAAAUGCACCUGGUAUACAGCACCUCUGCACUAUACAGGAUUACGGAGAUGGACAGCAAAGUACUGCAAAGAUCACAAGAACUGCUCCAAAACUGUGGUGUGUGUAUAUAUAUAUAUUGCUAACCAAUGUAAUGUGUAUUAACGAAAAGAAUUACUAGCAGAAGUUCUGAACAUACUAAGAAUUAAAAAUAGAAAUGCUCAACACAUUUACACGAAUUCCAUGUUCCCUGUGGUAAACUGCUCUGUUAAAUGUAACAGUUUUAUUGCUUGUGGCACACAAUAUCUAUGGCUGUAUACUUUACAGAACUGCAGUAUUGAAACUCAGUGGCGUACAACAUUCCGUAUAUAUCCUGUGGAAGGCGGUGUUGUAUUAACAAAAUAAACAUACUGCCCUUAAGAACUCAC